GUAUCGGGUCAGCCUGGGUUUACUGAGGAGGAUUACGAUAGGAGAGCGUACUUCAAAGAGAAGGCAUUCGGAUCGAUCGCGGGACAGGAGGAGAGGGAGCGAUUUAGCCCAAAGCAAGAGGAGAGAACACCCCCUCAUAGUGAAGGGUUAGAAAAGGAGCCUGAAAAGAAGGAGAUCAAGGAGGAGCAGCCUCCGGAUAAGAAGUCCGGUUGGGUUCCUCAGCUGCGAGGAAAAGACGGCCCUUCGGCGCCUCCUCCUCCUCCACCCAAGGGGAGUAAGGAGGUGAUCCUGAAAGGGGCUAGCUCUUCAGCUCGGGUGCCCGAGCCUCCUUCUCCUCCCCGCUCUGCGGAGUAUAAGGAGAAGAGAGAGGACUUAGGUGAGGAAGCAAAGGGCGCUCCUUCCCAGCCCUCUUCAAAGGGUAAAGGUAAAGGGAAGCACCUUGGGAAAAACCAGAAAGGUUACUACAAAGGUAAAGGCUGGUCUUAUUGGGGCCAACAGCCCUGGAAUUGGGGCUGGGAUUCCUCUUGGGAUUAUCAAUACUCAAGUGAGGGAUCAAAGCCCAAGAAAAACAAGGGGAAAGCUCGGGAUCAAUUCAUUGGUAAGAAGAUUGAAGAAAGGCGAGCCAAGGCAAAAGCCAAGGGCGGCGGUAAGCCAAAGGAGGCGGACGAGAAGGAGGAAAGUGACAGCUCGUCGGUUACUGCUCCUCCUCCGCGCAGUGAAGAUCUCCCUCCGCCCGGUACUGUAAUAGCGGAGUCUACGGAGGGAGCAUCGGGUGCAGACCAAGUUGCGCCUGAGCGAGUUGAAAACUGGGCGGAUGCCACCGAAGCUUCGACGCCCGGCUGCAGUAAUACAGGUGCGUCAUGGGUAGAAGUGGAAACCCUGUCAGAGGAAGAUCUGAAGGUGGGUCAAAAAGUCCUGAUGAAAAUUUGGUACGGAGGAGAGGAGGGUCUGAUUCAUGGAACUGUGAAGGAGAAUACAACGGACUCCGAAGGGCGGUGGGUAGGACUGGCAGUGCUGGGAACGCAAGUGCACCAGUUGCGGAGCUUCCUCAUAACCAGUCCUCCACCGGCACCUCUCCUGUACCUCUCAAAGAUCAAGAGCUCUCCCGAGCAGAGACUUACUACCCCAGGUAUAGGUUACUUACUCUCGUAUCGAGAAGUGACCAGUGCAGAUCGCCUACCAUGGAUGGACAACUGCGCCGAUCAAGAGAGAGGGGUAGACGAGAACGAAGACCUACGUCGAGCUGCUCGAGGUCUGGGACUACCAGCUCCUACAGCAGGAGCCCCUCCCCCAGAUCUGGGUAUGGGAGGGGAGCUGGGAGAAGCGCAACAAGUCCCAAAGGCCAAAAAGUUGAAAGGCAAACAGAAGGUAAAAAAGAUGGUGGAGGCUUCUCGAUGGAGCUGCAAGGAUACCCCUCUGGAUCCCGGCUACAAGAAGCCAAUAAAAUUGAAGGUAAAAAGAAAGGGGAGCAGUUCGAGCAGUCCCAGCACGGAAGGAUCAAGUUCCAAUGGAACUUCCGAGGAAGGACUGGGUACCGAACAUCGCCUACGGGUGAUCGCAAAACGGCUCCCGGGGUAUCUUUGCCGAGCUUCAGCGAAAGAAGCAAAGAAGAAUUUGGCCGAAGCCACUGGAGAAGCUCCUCAGAGCCUAAAGAUCUUCCAUCGCUACUACCGCCAGGUCGUGGCACCCCGCGGAGGGUCGAAAGGCCUCCAACGGGAGAUGGUUACCCUCUCAGUGUUGCUGGAUACACUGAUAGAGGGGGAUGUGUUGAAAGCGGCCGAUCUCGCCGCUCAACGCUUGAAGAGCUUGGAGCUCAUGCAGCAAGGGUCGGAUCCGAACCUAGCCCAACAGAUCGAGCUCAUACCCCGAGAUCACCUGGGUAUGGUAGCCGACAGCGAAGCCCGGUAUGCCCAGAAACAAUUUACGGCCGAGACAAGGCUGCAGAGGCAAAGGAGUUGCCGAAGCCAGCAAGGUGGUACCUCCGCAGAGCUGAUCUGCAUCAGUGAUGAGGAGGAUCCUCCAAGUCUGGCGGAGAUAGAUGAGCUCAUUAUGCAAGGCAUGAUGGCAGCUCAGUCACAGUUGGCCGAAACCGGCCUUCCAAUAGUGAAGGAGUCGAGCUUCUUAUCGCCUGCGUCACAGAUACAAGGCAACAAUGAACAGCCCCCCGUGAAGGUUUCGCUUCUCGAGGAUCCGAGCCAUGGCGCAGCGUCGGGUGGCGAUGCUGAUGCAGCGGCGUCGGAGACUGGGAAGGCAAUUGGGCCACGGGUUGCUUCCCUGAGUGGGUUAGCUAGACAGGUUUGUAAUCACCUCCCCAAAGUCCUGGGCAAUUUUAAAGGGGCUAGGCGGGGUUCCAGCAUGGAGGGGAUUUUUCCGCUCCCCUUGCCUGCUGACCAUCAGGGACAGCAGCGCGAGUUGAAUCGUACCUGGGAGGAGGGGGAGGUGGUAGAAGGCCUCAUCAGACGGCAGGUGUGUGGGAUUAUGCCGCUCUCAGAAGCAUUCUGUGUAGAGGGGCAGCCCAUUUUGGGUGGACUCUUUGGGGGGGAGACCUCAGUACUCUACCAGUACUGUCACAAAUGGUCCAAUUGGAGGUACAUCCCUCAGAAGGAUUACAUUUUGUAUAGCAAAGUUUUGCCAAUGGGUUUUGUCAAUAGCGUUUCAGUGGCGCAACAUCUUCACCGCCAAAUAAUUGCCCUGGCUUUCAAAGAUACCCUGAAUUUCGGACAUGAAAUUCGCAGGGAUCGGGAGUUCCCCAGCAGCUCAGUAUGGUUUAGAACUUAUUUGGACAACUUCGACUUACUGUCAAAGCAGUCUCAAGCGAUUCUGGAAACUGAUCAUGGGUCCCUAAUGGGCAAACUUCGUGAUACCUACAAUGAGCUGGGAAUCCCGAGAAAUGAGAAAAAGGCUGUUGAAGCAGCCCGCUCUGCAGAAAUGCAAGGAGCUUGGAUUGAUGGAGAAAAGGGAAUUUGUAGCCCCAAAGGAGACAAGGUAGGAAAAUACCUUACAGCCCUUGUUCAUGUACUCAAUACACGAAAAGUCUCACAAAGGCAGAUGCAGAUGUUAGCAGGGGGACUCGUUUAUCUUUUCUCUUUUCGCAGACCCCUGAUGGCAAACCUUAAUGAUGUCUGGGGUUUCAUCACGGGGUUUCACAACGACCGGCAGUACAAGCCGCUGCCGCUGCCAGUAGCUCAGGAGUUGUGGGCCUCCUUUUUCCUCUCGGUGUUCUCCUACAUGGACUUCCGCUUACCCACGGACCCCAUUGUCACGGCUUCAGAUGCCUCCGAAACAGGCGGGGGUUUGGUUGCUUCAACGGGGUUAACAGAAUGGGGGUCACGGGUUGCAGAAGGCACCGUCAGAGGAGAAGAAAUAGAAAGUUUUCAGAAUCAAGGUUUGCUGGUCAUAUCAGCAUUUGACGGAAUUGGCUCCUUGCGCAUCGCAUUGGAUACCCUCAAGGGGGCUGACGUGCUUUUAAGUAAUCCAACCGAGGGCCUGCCGCAAUACCAUCGGCUCAGGAACUCGUUGAGCCCAAAGCUGUGGCAUUGGAAAGUUGUGACGGGCUGGACCUGGAAGGCCAAUGGAGGCACGGUGGGCGAGCACAUCAAUCGCCUUGAGAUGCGGGCGAUUGACACUAGCCUUAG